AUUACGUCAGCGGAAGUGUUUUGAGCGCCCGUAAGCGAGGUCACAUUGGUUCAGUUUUGUAAUGUUUUGAGAAUCAUGGCCACAAUGGAGGCAACAAACGCAGAGGAGAUCCAACUGAGACAUGUGGAAAAAGAUGUUCUGAUCCCCAAGAUGAUGAGGGAGAAAGCCAAGGAGCGCUGUGCUGACAAGGUUGAAGCCUUCAACCACUGCUGUAAAGACUCUGGUUUCUUCAUGGUGUUUAAGUGUCGAGAGGAGAAUGCAGCCCUGAAGGAAUGUCUGACGCUACACUACAAGGACCCUGUGUUUUUCGAAGAAUGCAAACAGGAGUACAUCCGAGAAAAACUGGAAUUUGAGAGGACAGGAGUCCCAACCAAGAGCAGGAAACAAAAGCUUCCAACUAGCAUGUAAUAAACAACAUGAUAACCACACAUCUUUUAAGGCGUGCAGCCUCAGACUUUGCCCAAAACCUGCAUCACACCCUACACCAAGACACAGGGUGGCAGUAUGGUCAAGUUCAUUAGUGACUGAAAUUAAUUAACAUGAAUGGUGCAUCGUCAAAAUUCUCUCUACUUUUAAUGUUCAGUUCAUCUGCAAAACAUCAAAAUGCCACAAAUGUUUGAAUAAAGUGACCUUCCCUCACUUGACUAGUAGGAAGGAUUGCACCAGUCAAUCUUCUGGAAGAUCUUCAGAAAAGUGCAGUACUUGGGCUUUGGUGGCCGCUGACUGCUUUGUCAUGUGUUUAUUAUACAAGCCAUGACAGCACAAGUGGUUAUAAAGAGUCUACUUUGUUGCCUUUGCUUGGCUCUGGAGCUUGAAAAAUCACCUGCAGAAGGAAUUGUGUGUUAAUUUACAGUAAAUUUGAAGACUUGGAGACUUGUACAGUUAGAGACCUCUGACAUUUAACCAAGAAUGUGAUCGUGUGGCGUUGUAAAUAAUAAAAUUUCAAUAUCAGAAAA